AUGACGGACCUCCGCCUCCGCCUCCGCCGCGUAGCCCCACUUGCCCAGCUCUUGGCCAUUGUCUCCCUUCAUGCCGGACAUGCCCUCGGCCAAGCUUCUCCGGGUUUCCCCAUGGUCAUUAACACAUGGGGUGGCCCAUUCACCGCCGCGACUGAUGCCGCGUACCAGGCGCUUCUCAAGCCGGGUACCUCGGCUCUGGAUGCUGUCGAGAUUGGCUGCGCGACCUGUGAGGCCAACCAAUGUGACGGCAGCGUCGGGUUUGGGGGCUCGCCUGAUGAACACUGCGAAACAACGCUAGAUGCCAUGAUCAUGGAUGGUGUCACAAUGAAGUCUGGCUCUGUGGCCGCCUUGCGACGCAUCAAGAAUGCCAUUGGCGUCGCAAGGCACGUUCUUGAGUACACCUCGCACACCAUGCUAGCAGGCGACCUGGCGACGGAAUUUGGCAUCGAGAACGGAUUCAAGGCAGAGAACCUGACCACCGAAGCUUCGGCGGAAAGGUGUGCUGAGUGGAGGCGCAACCAAUGCCAGUCGAACUACAGACAGAACGUAACCCCUGACCCCAAGUCUGCUUGCGGCCCCUACACGCCCGUUCAGCUUGACUCGAGUUCCUCGGACUACUUCGACCUUAUCGCGCCCAAUUCUGCCCAGGCUUCCCACGAUACCAUAUCCAUGAUGGCUCUAGACGCAAAUGGUAUCAUGGCGGCAGGUACUUCCACCAACGGUGCCUCCUUCAAGGUCCCCGGCCGUGUGGGCGAUGGACCGAUUACUGGAUCCGGCUCUUAUGUUGAUGGAGACGUUGGCGCUUGCGGGGCAACUGGCGAUGGAGACAUCAUGAUGAGAUUCUUGCCCUGCUACCAAGCUGUUGAGAGCAUGAGGAGGGGUAUGUCACCACAAGAAGCAGCAAGAGACGCUGUUGUCCGGAUGGUGAAGAAGUACCCUGCGGUAUCUAGCGGCAUUGUCGUGGUUAACAACAAGGGCGAGCACGGUGGUGCAGGCUCUGGCUGGACAUUCACCUACGCUUACAGGGGCGGUAAAAUGAAUGCGACUGAGGUUGUUACUGUGCCUCCGGUCUGUGUGAGUCGGUCACUCAAUGUGCAGAUGCCUUAG